AUGGUCAACUGCUUCCUGCGGCCGGUCGAUGUCUUUGGCUCGCCAAAGACGGCGUUGGGCGAGAACCUGCAGCCACAACGCACGUGGCUGGAGUGGGUAUUCAUGCCCCGACACAAACCGCUCUUUUACAACUUUACAGCCAACCUCAAGGCGGGGCUGACGGUGGCGCUUGUGAACGUGCCUUUAAGCAUCGCGCUGGCAAUUGGCAGCGGCGCAACUCCCGCGCAGGGCAUCGUGAGCUGCGUGUGGGCGGGCGCUGUCGCCGCCCUCUUUGGCUCCUCACACUUCAACGUCAUUGGACCUACAGGAGCCCUCAGCGGUUUGCUCGCGUCAAUGGUGACCUCAUUCGGCGUGGAUGUGCUGGCGCCGCUCGCGCUACAGGCGGGACUGUGGAUCAUGCUCUUCUUCCUCUUCCGCGUGAAUCGACUCCUGCGAUUUGUGAGCUCCGGCGUGGCACAUGGCUUCGGUUGCGGUGUUGCCAUUGUGAUUGCUGUUGGGCAAAUCCCCUCAGCGCUGGGACUGAAGGGCGUCCAGCCGAAGGAGACGCUGCUGGAGAAGCUGAGGGAAGACUCUAGAUGCAUCGGCACCAUUAGUGUCCCCGACACGCUACUCUUCCUUGUGACAAUCAUUCCAUUGCUUGUUUUGUCAAGGCGUUACAAUAAAGUACCGUGGCAGAUCAUAUUUACGUUAUUCGGUAUUCUGGUUGCGCACCUUAUGCCACGGGGGUCGCUCGUUCUCCUUAGCAUGAAGUAUCCUGACCUGACGCUCAACUUCUUUUCCUUCGAGCCCCUUGACGUGCUGAUUGGAGCCAAGUGGUUCAAUCCCACAGUUAUUGUCUACGGAUUUGGCAUUGCCACCGUAAGUCUGAUGGAAACGCUUCUCAGCUCCGUGAUUGCCAACAACCACGUGGAUGACAAGUCGUACCUGAAUUACUCCAGUGCGCGCGACACGUUGGGCUUGGCCAUCUCUAAUGUUGUCAGUGCCUUUGUUGGCGGCAUCCCGUCGACUGCAGCAUUGGCGCGCACGGCGCUGAUGGUGCACUCCGGCGGCUUCUCGCGCAUUGCCGGGCUUCUCUCGUGUGUGGCAGUUGCGGUGCUCUGCAGCGUACUGCUUCCGCUGCUGCGCGAGCUGCCCAUGGCGACUGUUGCGGCGAUUUUGAUGGUUGUUGCAUACAAGCUGGUCGAUCUACACGACCUGCACGUGUUGCAAGUGAUUGACACGGCGAAUCUGUACUCGACCAUCAUCACCUGCGCCGCGUGCACGCUGACGGACACGUUCGUAGGCCUCGUUGUUGGCGUGAUGAUUAGUGUGCUGCUGAACUACACCGACUCGGUGGACUCCAGCGUGCAGUUCGAGGAGGAGGACGAGGUCUUCGCGUCGCCGCGGACGCCGGACCCGAUCAGGUUCCGCGUCCUCAUCGUGCAGCCGCAGGCGUCGAUUCUGUUUAUCAACGCGGACAGUGUGAAGUCCGUUAUAUUCGAGAAGAGCGUCUCGUUCCGCGAGUCGAUGCCGCCGGAGACGCUGAAGCGCCUUGUGCUCGACAUGUCGCUCGUGACGCGCGUCGACUUUGACGGGACGAAGGCGCUCGGCGAGAUCAUCAACGCCCACCGUGCGAAGGGGUGGAUGGUUGACGUGAUCAACUCUCAGCACCUCCGCAACAGUCUGGUGCUCUGCACGCCGUACCAGGACCUGCAGAAGCUCGAGUACAUGGAGCUGUAUUGA